AUGCUAAGAGAUUUAAUUAAUAAUCAUACUCCUUUAAAAAGUAAUUUUGAAAGAUUAUCUACUCUAUUUUAAUGCGCUAUAAAUGCAUAUAAAUAUCCUUUAAAGUAAAUAUAAAUAUAUGAUUAGUGGUAAUCAUCUAUCUUAAUUGGGAGAAUUAUCAGGUUAUUAUUGUGUUGAAGAUAUUCAUAAAAGAAUGCUGUAACAUCCUAUAGGUUAAAGAAUAUUAAAAGAUAAACCUAGGGUUACACCAGAAACAUUCAAAAUAGAAGACUUAUUGAAAUUAGAUGAUAAUACAUUUGGGUAUAUAUUUAUUUGUAUCUUUAAGACAUUAAUAUGGAAGAUUUAUGAAAGAAAGAGAUUUCUCUAGCGGAGAACGACCUAUUGUUAAAUAUAUUCCAAAUUUAGAAUUAGCCUAUGUUUAUCAAAGAUAUAAAGAAGUAUUAUUCUACAUUAAAAUAAAGAUUCAUGAUUUUAUUCAUGUGUUACUAAUGUAUGAUGUCAGUGUUUAUGAUGAAAUUGUUGUUAAAUGGUAUGAAAUGGCUUAACUUGGAUUACCUUCAGCAACUUUGAGUGCAUUUGUAGGAUCAUUCAAACUAAAUUGUUAAGAAAAACAAAAACUUAUAGAAACUUUACCUGAUAUUAUAAAAAGAGCUAACUAAAGUGAAUUUAUUAUGAAUGUUUACUUUGAAGAACAUAUAAAUACUGAUAUUACACAACUUAGAAAGUCCUUGAGAUUAUUGUGA